AAUACCAAUACGAACCUUUAAGUUAGUACCAUUCGUAUAUGAUGCGAAUCUCACUAAAGAUUCGAAUCGAGCAACUCUAAAAUGGCAUCAUCGGCGAACUGUCGACAGGGCGUCCCUAACAUGUCUCCCAGGUUGAGCGUGCGCCAGGGGGCGAUCGCCCUCAGGGGGAUCGCCCGGUUUAUCCAUAGAAUCCAAUCGCAACGCACCGGAACAGGUGGUGGACAAAACAAUCAGUGUUCAUCCUCCGGGAAACCCGUUAAGAAAAGGGGAAGAAGAAUGGGCGAGAAGGAGGUGUACAAGUGCUCCCCCAAGCUGGUCGAAAAGCUGAAGAAAGAGACGUUGUUUAAUAGGAAUGAAAUCGAGGCCCUUUACAAGAUCUACAAAAAGCUCGUCACUUUUAAUAAAUCUUCGUGUAAAAUCAAUCCCAAGGCCACAACUUCGGUGAUCACGAGCCCUGUAACAGCUUCUGAGGGAAUUGAUCGUACAGUGUUCAGGGAAGUUCUGCAUAACACCUUCGACAUUUUAACCGAAAACAUGCUAAUGGAUCGCAUUUUUUGCGUGUGGGAUAAGCAGAACUGCGGUCUAAUCACACUAGAAAGUUGGUUUUUCGGGAUGUCUCUAUUUUUAAAGGGCAGCAUCUCGAAACAAAUCGAAUAUUGUUUUGCCGUUUAUGAUUUAAAUGGGGACGGAUUCAUUACCAAAGACGAAAUGUUUCAGUUGCUGAGGAACUGCUUAAUAAAGUUUCCCCAAGAAGAAGAUCCGGAGGAAAGUGUCAAGGACCUUGUGGACAUAGUAAUAAGAAAACUGGACAAGGACAAAGAUGGCAAAGUCUCGUUGGAGGACUAUCGAGAAACCGUGGCGGCAGAGCCUCUGCUUCUAGAAGCAUUCGGUCGUUGUCUCCCUAAUGAGAGAUCAAAAAUAACCUUUCUUACUACACUAACUUUUUAAAAAGCCAUUAUUCAGAAAAAGUCUUUUCUUGUAACAGUUAAGCACGAACUUAAUAAAGAUACGUGGACUGCCAAUUCAAUGGAAAGUAAAUGACCACUAGUAGGGGGCCGUCAUUUUACGUGGUUGUGUCCUUUUGAUGUUGGUCACUCUGACUAAUUUCAGUUGUGCCAAUUGUAGGAAAAUAAAACAAGUUUUUGAGAGGUUAUGUUCAUAAAUACAAAAUAGAAAGUUACAUGUAGUUAAGAAUUUAAGAUAGUUGCGUUAGAUCUGUGAUUUUUCUUGUACUUUAGGAAUUUCGUUCAAAUUUAUGAAAGAAACCUAAAAUGAGACAAAGUUUCAAUUAAACUUAAACUUGAAUCUUAAAAAUCCUAAUACCAUGAAAAUGAUGCUCUUCAUUUAAAUUUUUGCUUGUAUUUACUCAACAAAUUCAGUUGAAAACACUUCUAUUUUUACUAUUGCGACUUUUACUUUCCUUCUAUGUAUAGUGCUUGCACAUUAUUAGGUACAACCAUCUAUAAAAAUCAAAAUAUACAUGAUUUUAUGAGGGUUUGUAGUUAGUAAGGGUUUAUAUAGUAAAAAUAUAUUAUUCUAUCAUAAACAACACAGACAGACAAUUCACAAUAAGUCGGUUUUGAGAAAAAGUGAACCAAAUACGUUUAAAUAAGGAUGGUGAUACAUUAUCCACGUAUUAAAUAAGGAGGAACCUAUAUCGCCUUUUGCAGACGAUAUACCCAAGCGUCGUUUAUAAAUCGCCAAAAACUAGGCAAUCCGCCAUACUCACACGUCAGCGUCGUCAAUUAUUUUUUGUUGGCAAUACUGAAGCUGUUCAGAGUGACCAACAUCAAAAAGAGACAACUACUAUAAAAAUGGCGGCCACCAUGCAGUGGUCAUUUUUGGGUAUCGUGGCCAUAUGCACUAGCAGUCCAGGUAUAGUUAUUAACUUCGUGCAGUUAAGUAAUUAAAACAGUUUCCAGUUACUUAACAGGAAGUCAUUGAUAUAUCUUUGGAAAUACUUUUGGCUCUAGUUCUUAAGAUAGUUAAAUGAAAUUGUUGAUUUUCAGUUGAUUCAGAUAGUCAAACUUACACCUUUUGCUCCAUUUUUAGUUCAUUAUGAGAUUAAUCGAAUGUUUCUUACUAAAAAGAGCUUAUGCUCACCAAUUUUUGUUCUUAAAGUGAAUGCUUGCAUCAGGUUCCUCUUUUUUUAUGAUAUUUGUCCUAAAUUGUAAGUUUUUCUAGAAAAAAAAGCCAUGACGAGUUUCUUCCAUUCUCAUUAGUUAAUCUUAUAAAAAAAACUAAUUAAGAAUACCCUAAACUUGAUAUUACCCUAAAAUUAACUUCUGGACGAAGAAAUAUUUUAGUGUCCACAUGUUGGCCAUACUGUUAUUACGUCACAAUUACAUGUAUGAACUUGUAUGGUGAAAAUCGGAAUCGUAUGUCGGCCAUCUUGCAAAAUUGACAGACAGCUGACCGACAGUUAUUGACAUUGACUGAUAGAAAAUCAUUUGUCAUUGUCAUACCAUUUGGGUAGGUUGAGUUUGCUACUAUCACAAGCUUAAAAAAUAUACCUGGACUGCCAAUUCAAUGAAAAUUAAAUGAUCACUACUAGGGGACCGCCAUUUUUCGUGAUUAUGUUCUUUUGAUGUUGGUCACUCUGACAAAUUUCAGGUGUGCCAAUUGUAGGAAAAUAAAACGUUUGGAAGGUUAUGUUUAAAAAAACAAAAUAAGAAGUUACUGUUUAGUUAAAGUUCUACAGUUUGAGUACAAGUUUAGUUAAGAAUAGAUGAGAUUAGAUAGUUACCGUAUUAGAACUGAGUAUUUUUCUUGUCCUUUAAGAAUUUCGUUUCCACAUUAACAGGUACAACAGUCUGUAAAUAUUAAAAUAUAGAUGAUUUUAUGAGGGUGUGUAAUAAGCAAUAUAUUAUACACUAUAUAUUAUUCUGUGAUAAACAACGCUUACAGACAAUUCAUAAUAAUUCGGUUUUGAGAAACAGCGAACCAAAUACGUUUAAAUAAGGAUGCCGAUAUAUUAUAAUCCAUGUAUUAAAUAAGGAGGAAGCUAUAUCGCCUGAUGCAGACCAACCCAACCCAAGCGUGUCGUUUACAAAUCGCCAAAAACCAGGCAAUCCGCUAUACUCACAAUUGACAAUGUUAUUUAGGAUCAGUCAUAUCGAGUGAUCGUGUGGAGAUUUUAGUGCUUUAGAAUCCCAAUGAUGGUUAUUUAAUUUUUUUUUGUUGGCAACACUGAAAAUGUUCAGAGUGACCAACAUCAAAAGGACACAACCACUAUUGAC